GGGAGGGUGGGGGGAAGAGGGGGAGGCUGGGGGAAAGGAAGCAGCUUCGGUAUUUAGAGCGAAUAUAAAUAGCCUCGCUGUGUGGUUCCCAACCACAGCCUCCCUUAACAUCUCAGCGGGCAGAGUUCCUCGGUUGUCCGUCUGACUUCUCUGGCUGUCUGUCCGUUUGGCUGUCUGACUGGCCAGCGGGCUGCCUGCCUCCCCAUCCCGACCAGGGACAGAGGAGAGCCGCCCGGCCAAGUGCAGGGGAGAUGCAGGAAAAGUUUUCAACUGUACCAGCCCCUUAACACAUCCAUCCCUAUACACAAUACCCAGACACCUACCUAACUCCCACUCACACAUACACACAAGGAGAGACGGAAGGUAUACAUCCACACGCACACCACACAACCUGGGCGGCCCGAGCCAAAGCAUGCAGACAGGCACUUUCCUCCUAGUCCUAACCACCGUGGCCACGGUGAGCACCCAGCGGAGGGGGGCCGAGGGCAGUGCGCGGCGCCGGUCCCACCGGGUGCAGCAUGGCCAAUGCAGUUACACGUUUGUCCUGCCGGAACCUGAGCCAUGCCCACCUGGGCCAGAGGCCUUCGGCAGCAGUGCCAACACGUUGCAGCGUGACUCGCCUGCGGAAGCGCCUCAAGCGAAUGACUGGUCUACCCAGAGGGUGCAACAGUUAGAGCGGGUCCUGGAAAACAACACCCAGUGGCUGCAGAAGCUGGAGAGCUACAUCCAGAUGAAUAUGAAGUCAGAGAUGGUUCAGAUCCAACAGAAAGUAGUCCAGAACCAGACAGCUACCAUGCUGGAACUUGGCACCAAUCUCCUCAACCAGACAGCCCAACAAACGAGGAAACUCACUGAUGUGGAAGCCCAGGUGCUGAACCAGACAUCCAGAAUUGAGCUCCAACUGUUGGAGAACUCACUGUCCACCAACAAGCUGGAGAAACAGCUGCUGCUGCAGACAAAUGAAAUCCACAAACUGCAGAAUCGGAACAGUGUGUUAGAGACACGAGUUAGGACCAUGGAAAGCAAGCACCAAACUGAGCUGGAGGGCAUCCGGGGUGAGAGGGAGAAGCUCCGGCGCCUGGUGAACCGGCAGAGUAGCACCCUGGAGGGCCUGGAGAGGAGCCUACAUGCAGCCAACAGCAAUACAAGCCUCCUCCAGCGGCAGCAGCGGCAGCUCCUGGACUCUGUGCAACGCCUGGUCCACAUUGUCUCUACUGGCAAAGCUCCGUUACAGAAGGAUGAGCGAUCUUUCCAGGACUGUUGGGAAAUCCGCCUCUCCGGAAUCAACGUCAGCGGUGUCUACACUAUCCACAUAGCCAACUGGACAGAGCCCAAGAAGGUGUACUGUGACAUGGAGACCAGUGGUGGAGGGUGGACCCUCAUUCAGCGCCGAGUGAAUGGCAGCGUAAACUUCCAGAGGAACUGGAAAGAUUACCGACAGGGCUUUGGCGAUGCUGCAGGGGAGCACUGGCUGGGCAAUGAGGCGCUGCACCAGCUCACCAGCCGGGCUUCCUAUGCCCUGCGGGUGGAGCUGCUGGACUGGGAAGGGAACCGGGCUUACGCCCAGUACGAGCGAUUCCAGCUGGGGAGUGAGCAGCAGUUCUACAGGCUGACCCUGAAGGAGUACAGUGGCACAGCGGGUCACCAGAGUGGCCUGGUCCUCCAGGGCACCAACUUUAGCACCCGAGAUUCUGACAACGACAACUGCCUUUGCAAGUGUGCUCAGAUGCUGUCUGGAGGAUGGUGGUUCGAUGCCUGUGGACUCUCCAACCUCAACGGCAUCUAUUAUCCAGCCAGGCACAAUGUCCGAAAGCUCAAUGGCAUCCGGUGGCACUACUUCCAGGGCCCCAGCUACUCGCUUCGGGCCACACGCAUGAUGGUGAGGCCCACAGACUUCUAGAGCCACGCCGGCCCACGCCGAAGGCCCUCAGUGGCCGUCGAGGGGGAAGAAACUCACCCCUGAGCCUGACCUAAAGCUCAUGGCACCAGGAGGUGUUGCUUGAAGGUCUUCCUGGGGGAGGAGAGGAACCUCAACAGACUGCUGGAUUCCACAAAUUCAUUUAUAUGCCCCCAAACAGAACCAGCUUUGGAUGGCCCCAAGAUGCUGGAAGUCAAUGUUGGACAAGCCUCACCAAGAUGGCCAGAUUGUCUCCUAGAGGCCACACUGGCACUGGCUCUAGAGCUCAGAUUCUUGUGGUUCCCUCCCCUCUGGGAAAGGCCCACAGGGCAGAGACGCCCCUGGACUCCUUGGACACAAGCCCCACUUUGGAGGAGAGAGGCUUCCUUUCUCCUUGUACUGAUGCCCACUUGAGUCUACUUCUGUUUUGACCUCUGCCCCACUCUCUCCCAUCAUUUAGCAUCCUCUCCCAUCGUCUCCUGGCCUUAGCCAUCCUGUCCUCAUCCAGCCCAGUAUCCUUUCCACCCUCAGUCUGGGCGGCCCCUCUUUGUCCUCAAUGCUGCCAUCCAGAAACCUUAUUACAUGGCCAGAUGAGCUGGCUCCUUCUAUCUUCCCCACCACCACCACCCACACACACUCUAAUUAGAUCCAGAGAAUCAUCUUCACUCCAAAAGGCCAGGCUUGCAAGUCCUUGGUUUAUGCUGGGUUCCCUGGGGGAGGGGGGAGGAAGGAGAGCAGUUUAAACUGGUCUGCUGAGCAUAAAAAGGGAGAGGAGACCCUUUGACUCUCGUUGCCUUUGAGAUGAUUGGAAACCUCUGUCUAGCUCAGCUUGUCAAAUGGUUCUCUCCAUCUCAGACCCAGGCCCCAUUGCAGAAGACCCCCUGGAUUAGGCCUAAUAGAGUGACUCUCUCCCAGAGUCAGCCUCAUCCACCCCGUCUGGCCUUAAGGGCAUCAGUAUCCCCAGGAGUCGAUGCGGGAGCCUGACCUGGCCAGGAGGGUCAGGAAAGAGGGCAGGCUAGUCAGUCAUCCCAGAGAGACAAACGUGGAUGAACUUUGCCAGUAGGGCCAGUGACAGAGACAAGAGGUCUCUCAGUCCAUUUUUCAAAGGAUUAAGAUCAGAGCUGCUUCAGGGACCAGCUGCUCUGUUGGGCAAUUACUUAUCCUAUCUGGCAGGCCAGCUUUCUCUUGGACCAGGCAUCUACCCAUUCUAUGGGCAACAAAAGUAUAGAAGAGACACCGCCGGUCUCUGCCGGGUAGUCCUCCUCUGUCUAUAGUGAUUCCCCUCUUUCCCCACUUCCUCCAGAACCCAUUCUAGGAAAGGAGGCAAGAUCUCUCUGAAAAUAUCCAGACCUGGGUUCCUCUCCUAGGGGAACUUACAUCUUUAUUUGGCCACUGUUGAAGGGGAGGGGAUGGCAAAGAGAAGAGAGGUGGGAAUGAAGGACUUUGUCCCUAGUAGACAGAUAGUCCAACUUUAGCAAACAGAUGGGGAAGGUCCAAAGGUAGAAGAAGCCUCUGGGUCUGGGUAAGGCCAGUUCUGUGUUCCUGCUCUAGAGAACACAGAAGAAGAAUAAACCCCAUACUGCCCUCAGGGUACUCACCAUCUUAGACAGGCAGAGUAAAAGAAGACAUUUCUCAUGGUGCUAAUGAUCAGUAGUCCGAAGGAUAAUCUGUAAAAAUGAAAGGAUCUUAGAUCCCUUUGAGUUCCAAAUCUGUGAUUUGGAGGUAAUAGUCUGUGAGACUCCCUUUUUUGUUGGAGCUAGUAAGGCACAGUCCAUAUAGUAGGUAUUCGAAGAAGGAGAUGUCAGUUGGAUUUGAAAUAAUCAGGGGAGAUUUCCAAGGGAGAGGGCACAGAAUAGUUUGGGAGAGACCAGAAGGAAAAGUAGGAUUUGGGUGGGUAGAGAGAAGGGCAGGAGAAAACAGAAGUCGGAAAAAAAUUUUUUGUCCUUGAUUCAGAGAUAGCUUCUUGCCUUGGAUGCCAAAGACAGAAUCCCAAAAGAAUGCUGAGCCAAAUCUCCAUUGUUCUUAUAAUAUAGGCCAGUAAGGGAGGUUACACUCCCCCUAGACUGGUGAAUAGGGGAGAGGGAGAGAAGAGGUUGAUCUUCCCCUCUCUUCCCCUUGGUGAAGACAAUCUGAGUUUGUUUCCUAGAGGGACAGAGUAUGUUUCCUCAGAGAUUUGGUUUGGGAGGUAGAGGUUAAGGACUGGAGGAGAGGGCUUUGGAGAAAUGACCCACUGCCUCCCUUCUUGGUCUUAGCUGUUCUGUGAGAGGCAGGACAUAAUUUCCUGCCUCUGGAUCCUCCCAAUAUCCCAACUACCACUUACCUUUUGAGAUCUGGGUUCACUUCCCAACCCUAGUCUUGAGCUAAUCCUCCUCCUUGGGGAGAGGUGUGAUUCUCCCCAAAUCUUCAGUCUCCUUCUUUAGUGUCAGAAAGCAGGCAGACCUGGUCUAUAUAAUAACACUUUAAUAGAAAAUCACCCAGGGAAGAGGAAAUAGGAGGGUUGAGUAAGGAAAGUGGGGAGCAGGAGUCCCUAAAGACUGACAAACUGACCCCCCAAAUUUCAUGGGGUCCAGGUUCUAAGUCUUGAUCCUUCUUCUGGUCAGCUGCUGGUUGUCCCUAUUCCUGAGCUAAUUUGGUUAUUGUUGGAGUUCAGUACAGACUGGGGAAUAGAGAAAUGGAGAAAAUCCUUGGAGAGGAUUUCCUCAGUAGAUGGCUUCUUCUAAAGUCCAAUCUACUGUGUUGAGAUUAGCAAAAGAUCUCCAGGGAAGCCAUUGGUGUCCAAAGGGAAACCUCCAGCCUUUGAGAUCCUCUUGUCAGGCUCUUAGCUGAAGGAGUCAGAGUUGAAGUGGCAGUUUCUCAGUUCUCUCAGCUCUUGUUCCGUUUGGAAUUCUGCGUCCCUUCCUUUCUGCCCUUCCCUCUUGUGAGCUGCUUCUUGCUUUCCUUCCAGAUGUCCUUCCUUUGCAUCUUCCUCUCUUUUGCAAAUUUUCUCUUUCACUCUUUAGAGAAGGAACAUGGUAUUUUAGGAUGAGGGCAUGGGUGUGCAUCUCAGUUUUACUCCUUACCAGCUGCUAGAACUCGGAUAAGGAAUGACCUUCCUGGAUCUUAGUUUCCUCAUUUGUAAAGUAAAGAGAAUGGAACUAUAAGAAUUCUCUCAGGUACUUUCCAGAUCAGAAUAUAUAAUCCUAAAAUAAAAUGUAAAAGGAAAAAAUGUAAAACCCUACACUUGGGUUCAAAAAAUAAACUUCACAAGUUCAAGAUGAGGAGGACAUGGGGAAAUAAUUGACACUCAGAAAAAGAUCUGAGGGUGCAAGUGGAUUACAAGCAAGUCUGUGCUGGUCAAUGUUUAAUAUUGGCUCUCCACAAAAUGUACGGCAUUCACACUUUUAAGUUUAAUCUGCAUUACUAACAUUUUUUUCCAGCACUUUAAAAGUCUAGACAACAAAACAAUAAAUCGAGCCCUGAUUUGUAGCA